GGCUCACUCUCUCGCCGUUUUUCUUCUUCUUCUUCCCCAAUUCUCUCCCACUUCUCAAAUUCGAAACCCUAACCCUAACCCUAAAUUCUCCAUAGAUUUCGAUCGAUCGAUCUAGGAAAAGAUGUGGAAUCGUCCGUACGGGAAGGGAGAUGUGGAAUCGGGGCCGCAGCCGCUGUACCCGGCGAUGAUGGAGAGCCCGGAGCUCCGGUGGGCGUUCAUCCGGAAGAUCUACGUAAUACUCGCCAUACAGAUCGCCAUGACCGCCGCAGUCUCCGCCGUCAUCGUCUUCGUCCACCCCAUCUCCCAUUUCUUCGUCUCCUCCACCGCCGGAUUAGCCCUAUACAUCGUCCUCCUCAUCCUCCCCUUCAUCGUUCUGUGCCCUCUGUAUUACUAUCACCAGCGGCAUCCGGUGAAUCUGCUGUUGCUAGGAUUGUUUACGGUUUCGAUCAGUUUCGCUGUCGGGAUGUCCUGCGCAUUCACCAGCGGGAAGGUCAUUUUGGAAUCUGCUAUCCUAACCACGGUAGUGGUUGUUAGCCUCACGCUCUACACCUUCUGGGCUGCGAAGAGGGGCCACGACUUCAACUUCCUUGGCCCCUUCCUUUUUGCUUCCUUCUUAGUGUUGCUUGCGUUUGCCUUCAUCCAGAUCUUAUUCCCACUGGGAAAGAUCUCUCUCAUGAUAUACGGGGGAUUAGCGGCAAUUAUAUUCUCUGGCUACAUUAUUUAUGACACAGACAACUUGAUUAAACGCUAUACUUACGAUGAAUACAUUUGGGCUGCUGUUGCUUUGUAUUUAGACGUCAUCAAUUUAUUUCUAUCUCUUCUCACUCUACUAAGAGCCGCCGAUAGUUGAAGCACUCAGAAGAUUAUUGAUCCCGUAGCAUACAUCUCAUAAUGAUCAAACGGGCGCUUGAACAGAGUGAUGCUAAAGUUGUAUAUUGUAAGUAUGAAAAGGUACUGGAUCAUUUGUCUUGGUGUAUAGGUAGAUCUUUUCUGUCUUUUAUUAACCUUAUUGAAGCGACAAGUUUCAAGCGUGGAAUGCACAACUAUGUCUACUCCAAAAAGUAUAAACCAGCUUGUUAUUUGAGUUUGAAAUCUGAAUCUGUGUUUGAUUUGCUGUAA